AUGGCCGACCGAAGCCUGAACCCCGGACCCGCGAUGGGUGCAUCUACAGCAGCUCAGCUUUACAACACUGUUCCAAUCCCGCGCAACUCCCAAUUUAUCCGUGUGCUUGAUAUUCCGGCACAGAACUCGGCUUCAGCAGAGGGGUUGACUGGCACCCUCCGGACUGUUGAUCUCCGGGACUCUCCCAAGUACACUGCUCUCUCGUACGCCUGGGGCGAAAGCUCGAACAAGUCAAUCACAUGCAAUGGACAUUAUGUUGCAAUCACAGAUUCUUGUUUCAAGGCCUUGUCUUCUCUGCGAAAGGUCCUUGGAAGCUUUACUAUCUGGGUCGACGCUAUUUGCAUCAACCAGAUGGACAACGAUGAGAAAUCCACCCAGAUACCUCUGAUGAGAAAGAUUUACACCUGGGCCAAAAAUGUCUACUUGUGGCUAGGGCUCGCAUCGCUUGUUCCCCGCGGCCGCUCCAUGGAGACGUGGGAACAGGCCGAUGGUGGUCUUUCAAGAGCGAGUUCGGCUUUACCGAAGGAUGCUCUCAGCGUCGCGUGUCAGGAAGAUUGGCCACGGUAA